GAUUGUAUCAGUUCUUUUAACAGAGAUAAAGAUUUGAUUUCAUUUGGAAUGUUUGAGAAACGAAGUAAUAUUGAUUUCGUGGUUCCCAGUCGGUACAAUUUUAAUGAGCGUAACCUUUUCUUCUGUAAAAAUAUAAAGGAUAACCGUCUGACAGAGUUUUUCUUACGCAGUUGACACUACGAAUUACAAGCAAGAAAAUAAUAUGGCUAAAACAAAUCGCAAAGGAAUGAAUCAAAACUAUCCUGUUGGCCACCCUUCAUAUCUGCAGGCAUCAAGUCAUUCUCCCAAACCUAAUGAUAAAAACACCAGACAACCAGCUGAUUUGAAUAAUGAUACUAAAAUAUCUAGUUCAAAGAAAAAUGAAAGGCAAGCUGACGAUAAUUUGAGAACUUCUUCAUCAAAAGGCGUUGUUGAAGUUCCCGUUUCAACAAAGACCUCAGGUAAUGUUACAGUUCCUAGGUCUUCUACGAUAUCAGCAGCCCAAUCAGAAACUGCUGAUGCCACUAAUGAUGAAAAAUCCAGGGAUGACAUUUCCAACGGGAGGCAAAUUACCAGGGGACUACCACCCAAACUACCUCCUGGUAUUCUGGGAAGAAGAAUCAGAUUGGUUUCUAAUUUGUACACGAUUUCUUUACUGCCCGAUGGAAAGAUAUUUCAUUAUGAUGUGAAAAUAAUUAAAUGGAAAAUUGAUGAAGCAACCGAUUUGGAUGAUGAAACUGAAAAAAAUAAAAAAUAUGGUGUCAAGAAUACAAGACUCAAUCGUGAGGUUAUUGAAAACAUGUUGGCUAACAAUACUCAUCUCCGCAAUUCUUAUGCUGUUUAUGACGGUAAAUAUAAUUUAUACGCUCCAUCUCCCUUACAAGUGAAAUUUCCAUAUGAAACAAAAGUUUUCCUGGAAAACGAAAACAAAAACCCUGAGGAGAAGAGAGGUUUUUUAGUUGUAAUGAAUCCAGUUCAAAAGAAAAAUGGUAUGGAAGAAAACAGCUGCGCCAUAAACUUAUCUGUUUUGCAUGAACUUUAUCAAGGGAAGUUGUCCGAUGUUGACGACGUCCAAGAAGCACUGGUUGCUCUUGAAACUGUAUUCCGACAUACGCCUUCCUUAAGGUACGUUCCAAUCGGACGAAAUUUUUACCAUCCUGAUAUUGGAGGAAUGCACCCUCUUAGUGGAGGCAUUCAAAUUUGGUUUGGUUAUCACCAAAGUACACGUUUGGGACAAUGGAACCUGACUGUCAAUUUGAACACAAGUGCUACAACGUUUUUCAACAAACAAAAUUUGAUAGAAUACGUUGGCAAAUCCUACGACAUCAGACAUGAAUUAUCAGAAACAGCAAUUGAAAGAUUGGCUGGCGAAUUGAAAAAUGUGAAAAUCGAAACUGGUCAUCUGGGCUAUAAAGCUAGACGUUGCAUCAUUGAUGUGACUAUGCAAAGCGCUCGAAGUUUAAAAUUUGAAAUCGAAACAAAAUCUGGUGGAACGGAAAUUGUUUCAGUCUUACAAUACUUUCGUGAUACACAUAAUAUCAACUUGGCAUAUCCUCAUCUGCCUUGUGUACAAGUAAAGCCUAAAAAGAGAAGAAUAUAUUUACCUUUGGAGCUAUGCAUUAUUCCUGAAGGAGAACACAGUAAAAAGGAAUUAUCUAUUGAAGAUAAGAGACAAAUGAUUCAAUAUACUGCUGAUCCACCCGUGAAAAAAUUUAAUAAGAUAUCAGACAUAAGAAAUAGAUGGGCUGAUUAUAAUAAUGAUAAAUAUUUGAAUAACUUUGGUGUUAAAGUAGAGGACAAAGCCAUUAGUGUAAAUGGGCGUGUACUGGAGGCUCCUACGCUUAAUUAUAACAAAAAUAGAACUGUUAAACCGGCCACGGGAUCUUGGAACAUUAAAGGCCUGGAAUUCUAUGAUGGAGCACAUAUAUCUACUUGGGCCUUACUCAGCUUAGCACCGGAGAAAUGGUGUGGCUAUAGAGAUUUAGAACGUUUUUCGCAAGAAUUGAAGAUAAUAGGUAAAAACGCUGGUUUGAAUAUGGGAAAUCCCGAUUCAAUUAAAAUAUUACGUGGUUAUGAUGAUUAUGAAAAAAUACACAAUGCCAAGGAAGAAUUAAAAUGCCUCCAGAGAAAGCGGGUUCAAUUAACGGUUGUGCUGAUUCCAAAUAAAGAUAAAUUUUUAUACAAUAACGUAAAACAAGUGGCUGAAAUCGAACUUGGUCUUCUAACACAAUGCAUAGAUAGCAACAAUGCAAAGAAGUGCAAUGCUUCCGUUUUGAGUAACCUGUGCAUAAAAAUCAAUGCGAAAAUGGGAGGAAUUAAUCACAUUUUAACGCAAAGGGAAAUCCCACAAAUAAUGGCUAAGCCUGUUAUUAUAAUGGGUGCUGAUGUUUGCCAUGCCGGCAUUACAGAUAAAACUGGAGUAUCCGUAGCAUCGUUAACGGCAAGUCUUGAUAUGCUGUUGUCGCGUUUUGCUGUCAUAUGCAGAUUGCAGAAGAAUGAAAAAUUGAAAAAGAAAUCGGUCGAGAAUAUUCUUGAGCUGAAGGAUAUGGUAAAAACUUUGCUGAAAGCUUUUUACGCUCACACAAAAGGACAAAAGCCUGAGAAAAUAAUUUUUUUCAGAGAUGGCGUUAGUGAUACCCAGUUUCAAGACAUUAAGAAAAAAGAAGUAAAUGCUAUUCGAGAAGCUUGCGUCGAAAUACAAGAGGGGUAUCAACCAGCUAUUACGUUUAUCACAGUUCAAAAGCGACAUCAUGUCCGUUUCAGGCCAGAAGAUUUCAAAGAUGGAGUCGGGAAGGAAGGAAAUGUACCACCUGGAACUGUUGUGGACACUGGCAUUGUCCAUCCAGUGCAUUCAGACUUUUUCCUUUGCAGUCAUCAAGGAUUGAAAGGUA